AUGCUCAAUCGGUAUUUCAUUACCGUCGCCGCCUACCCUCGUACCGUUAGCUUGGUGGGAAAUACCUUUAGCCACCAAUCGAUCAAACACCUGGCCGCAAACAUGUUGGGUAUUUGGAUAGUGGGAACCCGGCUCCACGACGACAUUGGCCGAGGAAACUUUCUGGCCGUAUACCUUGCCUCCGGCAUCUUUGGUUCCUUCCUCUCGUUGACAGUCAAUGUACUCAUGGGCAGGUUAACGCUGACCGCACUUGGAGCUAGCGGAGCACUCAGUGGUGUUCUUGGCUCUCUGUGCACACUUCACCUCAACGACUCCUUCACCAUUUUCUUCCUCCCCAAAGAAUGGCAAGAGGUUGUAUCUGCCCCGGGAUACGUCCUCCUUGCAGGCCUUGUCCUUUUCGAUAUUGUCGGCAUGAGAGCCAAAGCAGUCCAAGUGGACUACUGGGCCCACCUGGGCGGAUUCCUCAUUGGAAUUCUCUGGGCCGCGGCAUACAAACGACAAGAAAAGGAGCGUUUCAAAAACAGGUCUUGGUUUGAACGGUUUCUUUGGGGCGAGUAA